AUGUUCGUCAAUUCGCUGGCUGCGAACGGUCGAAAUGCGCCAAGUGAAAAAUGUCAAAAUUUGACACAUCCUGUGUCUAAAUUUAGCGAAUUAAAAAAAAAACCCUUAUCGCAUUUAACUAAUUACGCACGAAUUUACCUUUUUGUAAUGUCUGUCAAUUUGAGACUUGAUUUUAGGAUCAAUGGCGAUACCAAAUUCAUCGUCUACAAGGAUAUGAACCCAAAUUUUGACGCUUUGUAUCAAAACGAGAACCAAAACUUUUCACUGUAUUCACUGGAAGAAUACAAUGGCCUUCUACAUGCGGCUGUCACGCAAGUGAAUUUUACAGAGUUUCACACUGUGAAGAGGUUGCCUCGCUUUGAACGAAUUGAGAAACAUUCCCAUUACUAUCAAAAGAGAAAGUUGCAAGUCUCUUUGCCUGUAUACUUGAUAGCAUUGACAAUGCUCGUUUUCUUCUACGUCAAAAAGCGCCAAGCAUACAGAUAUCUCUUCAAGUUUUCAAAGAUGAGCAAGAUCAUUUAUGCUUAUUUCACAGUCAAAUUAUUAUUUUCCUUGGCUUACUUUGGUUUCUUGAUUGCUGUGUAUGAAUUUGGGUACGAGAAGAUACGCCUGCCAUGGCUGUUUUUCAUUUAUACGGUAAUGAGAACUUGUCUAUCAAUUGCCCCUUAUAUGCUACUUGCCCUCUUCUCGUGUGGAUAUGGCAUUACGUACUUUGAUAUUUGGAGCGAAAGGUACAACUUGAGAAAGGCAAUUAGUAUGACAGGUCUCUUUUCUUUUCCGGCGGUUACCUCGAUUAUAGAGGAGUAUUGGUACAUGACGGACGAUGGUUAUCAUUUUCUGCCUUUCGUGGAGGGGCAGACUGUUCUAGUUCGAACUGCUGCAUUUGCAGUACUUGUCCUUUCGCUGUACCACACCUUCAAAGAUACCGAAGUGUACCCAUUGGUUAAAAAAUCAGGUGCAAUUGUCGCACUAGUGUACUUUUUGAAAUCAUUAGUAGUGUUUCCAGCACCAGAAGAUGUAUACAGAUUCUUCAUGCACUUGUUUUUGCCAGACGAAUACUAUGGAAUUCGUGUUCCUGAUAUUGUUGAGUUGGUUGCGCUUCCAGCUUUGAUGUAUAUUUGGAGAGAUAUUGAUGGUGAUUAUGAAGUGGAAGAUGUUGAGAGUAAGACUUAG